AAAAAGAAAAUUUCCCCCAAAAACAAUGAGACCAAAACCAAGUGGCAACUGGCGACUGAUACGCUAUCACGACAGCCACCGGUGCACAAGCGUGUAUAUAUAGCUUCAAUUUCUUCCAUCUUGUUCAGUAGAAGCACUUCCCUGCUUCCUCUUCUGGUCUGGGAUACCAGGAGAAAGAUGGUGGUUGGUGAUAGCAGUGGCCAAGGCAUGGUCAGAACAAUGCGUUACGGAUGUCACAAGAACAAUUUUUUUCCUGAAGAAUCAUUUAAAAGCUGGGGAAAUUAUGGGAGGGCAUUAAGAAACACAAAAUCGCGGCUUACUGAUCGUCUCUUGACGCGAUCCAGUGAUGAAUCUGAGUUACACGAAAUGCGUGCUAGGAGCCAGAAUGAGAUGGCGAAAUCCUUAAAUUGGUUUGAUAUAAUGUGGUUUGGUGUUGGGUCUGUUUUAGGAGCUGGAGUUUUUGUCCUCACUGGACAAGCUGCUAGGGAUUAUGCUGGGCCUGCUGUCAUAAUAUCAUACCUCAUUUCGGGUUUGUCUGCUCUGCUUUCUGUCCUUUGUUAUACUGAAUUUUCUGUGGAACUUCCUGUUGCUGGAGGCUCAUUUGCGUAUCUAAGAGUAGAGCUUGGUGAUUUUAUUACUUUCCUGGCUGCUGGAAAUAUUCUUUUUGAGUAUAUUGUAGCUGUGGCAAGUGUGGCACGCUCAUGGACUUCAUAUUUUGCAACAUUGUGUAACCAUAAACCUGAAGAUUUCCGCUUACAUGCUCCAGUUCUAGCACACGGAUUCAAUGACUUAGAUCCGAUUGCAGUUAUAUUAUCAAUUGCUAUUUGCAUUGGUGCUUGUCUGAGCAUCAAGGGUUCAUCAAAGUUCAAUUCGUUAGUAACUAUACUCCAUAUUCUGGUCAUGAUAUUUAUUCUUGUAGCUAGCCUUACCAAAGCUGAUACAUCCAAUUUCCAGCCCCUUGCGCCUUUUGGAAUGGAUGGUGUUUUGAGAGCUUCAGCAAUGCUUUUCUUCGCAUAUGUGGGAUUUGAUGGUGUUUCUACCCUGGGAGAGGAGAUCAAGAAUCCAGGUCGCGACAUACCUAUCGGCCUCAUAGGUUCGAUGAUUAUUGUUAUAACAACUUAUUGCCUUUUGGGAGCCACAUUAUGCCUCAUGCAGCCAUACAGUCAGAUUGAUGUCGAUGCACCAUUCACAAUUGCCUUCGAAGCAGUUGGAAUGAAUUGGGCAAAAUAUGUAGUGGCCUUUGGCGCACUGAAGGGAAUGACAACAGUGGUGCUUUCUAAUAUCAUUGCUCAGGCAAGAUAUUUCACUCACAUCGCACGAACCCAUUUGGCUCCCCCUUUUCUAGCCGUGAUUAAUGAAAAAACAAAGACUCCAGUGAAUGCCACUGUCGUGAUGACCAUUGCUAACUGCACUGUUGCAUUCUUCACCAGUCUUGAUAUCCUGGCAAACCUUCUGUCAAUCUCCACACUUUUUUUAUUCUCACUAGUUUCUAUGGCUUUAUUAGUUAGAAGGUACUAUGUUUCUGGAGAGACAACCAGUUUGGAUCGGAACAAACUCAUUGGAUUCUUGACUAUGAUCAUUUUAUCGUCUAUAGGCUUAGCUCUUGUCUGGGUACAUAGCAAGAAUGUCGCGGAAUACAUAGUGCUGGCAGUUGUUUGGUUUAUUGCUACUCUUGGGCUAAAACUAACAGUAAAAGAAGCAAAGAAACCAAAACUAUGGGGUGUUCCAUUGAUGCCAUGGUUGCCAUCUGCUAGCAUAGCGAUCAACAUAUUCAUUUUGGGAUCAAUUGAUAAGGCCUCUUUUAUCAGAUUUCUAAUAUGGACAGCAGGUUUGUUAGUCUACUAUGUAUUUGUUGGAUUACAUGCUUCGUACGAUGCAGCUACAGAAACCAGGGAAAAGUUGGAAGCCGAACAAAUUGAGGCUGCAACCAUUAUGUUGAAUUCAUGAAGUCUUGCAAAAAUUCGACACAAGAGGAGCGUCCAACAGGCUUAGUUAAGUGUAUCUUGGAACCAUUUUCAUUUGUUUGCUUUUCAGUACUCCCUCCGUCCCACCAGAUUCUUUACAGUUUCCUUAUUUGGCCGUCCCAUCCAUUUUUUA